AUGUGGCGUCCAGGUGGGGCCCUGGAGCAGCCAGAGUCCCCGGCAGCUGCUAGCGGUCUCAGGGUGGCAUUGCCCGGAGAGGCGAUCCGGAGGGAUCCCCGAGGGCUCGGAGGUGCCGGGGCAGACACCGAGCUGCCCUCCAGCGGAGCCUCGGUUCUCGGCUCUGGGCCUCCCUUGCAGUCCUGGAACCCUGUAACUCGCAGUCCCGGCUCUAGCCGACCCUCUGCGGGGACAGUGGCCCAGGCUUCCGGGCCUAGUCGGCACGUAGGGGAGGUUGUGGACCACAGCCUUGGGUCCUACACCUCCUCUGGUGGAUUCAGCGUUCCCUGCCCAGGAACCAGUGGGUCCAGCCCUGGGCCCGCGGAGUGUAAGGUGUACAACUCGGGGUACAAUUCAAGCUCCAGGUCAACUUGCUUGCACCCCCACAACUAUGAGGCCCAUCCCCGGAGCAUCCUAAAAAACAACGGUUCGGUUUUGAUGCAGAAAUACCCUAGUAAGGAGAAGAAGGCUCAGCACUGGGACGAGAUGAAUAUCUUGGCCACCUACCACCCGGCUGACAAGGACUAUGGCCUUAAGAAGGUGGAUGAACCCAACACCCCCUACCACAGGCUGCAGGGCAGUGAUGAGGACCUGUCUGCAGAAUACUCCCUCAAGGUGACUCCUGAGCUACUGGCAGAGAGGUUUGCAAAAAUGGACAGCUUCCUCCCCAAGGUCCUUCAGUAUGGCGAUGAGACAAACUCAGAGGCUACAGACAACUUUUCCAAGACAUACUUCAGUGAUUUUGAAAAGCACCGAAAGACACACUACAACGAAGGGAAGUUUCUCAAGGCCCAGAAAAACCUGCCUCUGGCCAAUGCGGAGGAUAGUAGCGGGGCCAGUGCCAGCGGCAGCAGCGAGAUCCAAGGCGGGAGGAUGGACCCGAUGCCUAGGACUUCAGAGAGAGGCUGGGCAGGAAGACUGGCCAGAGGAGUCAAAAAUGAGACUGGCCUGGUGACUGACAGCCAGGCCCUAGACACCAGGGCUGCCUGUGCCUACAGAAAUCAGUUCCCAGCGGCUUCGGCCCCGAAGGUGUUGGAUCAGAUGGAUCUGCAGCACAAGGAAUAUUACAGCGAAAGCAGAUACCUGAGGUCCUGCUCCCAGCCAGAGCCCGAAGAGGACACGGAUGAGCAGCAGGACAAUGAAACCUUGCGGCUGCAGUGGACUCGGGAAGAGGAACCAAGGCCAUGGAAACUGUAGCCAGCUAUGGAGGGCUGAGGACAACCUCCUGCUCUUGCCGCCCCACAGGCGGAUAAUAAAGAGAAGAGCAGGCAUCUGGGUGCUGUAAUUUGGUGCCCAGGCUAGGCCUGCUCUGUCAAGGAGCAUAGGAAGAGUUCACACACAAGGAACCAGAAAGCACAGCACAGGAGAGGAAGCUGGGAGUAGCCCAAGGGACAGGACUCAAGCCCCUC